UCUUCAGUCUUCACCGCCACACAAUAUCCCCACCUCUCUCUCUCUCUCUCCUUCUUUAUUAUUAUUAUUAUUAUUAUUAUUAUUUAUUAUUAUUAAUAUUAUAUAUAAACCUAUCCUAACCUUUCUCUUCAUCUGUUUCCAACUCCUCAGCCACCUCCUCCUCUUUUCUCUUCUCUCUCUUUCUCUCUCUCUCUUUCUUUCUCAUACAUACGACACGAACACUCGCACUCACAACAGACUUUCUCUUACAUGACUGUUGUCAGCGAACGCCAAGGGACGAGAUGAUGAUGGUCAACGACGAGUGGGUGAGGGCGGCGAUGACGGACGACAUGGUCGUCGUCGAGCUUCUGUUACGGCUGAAGCAGUCCGUUUCAACCAAAUCUCAGGCCUUGCCGUUCACCUGGGGGCUCAAGCAGCCACGCUCGAGAUCAAGGCUAACUGCUUCCGUCUCUCGUUGCGACGGCGCCGUUUCGACCAGAUGCAGCCCAACCACGCCUCUCUCUUGGAGUGGAGGCGCCUCUCCAUCCGCCACCGCCGAUGGUUGCGAAGACUCCAGCCGGCACAACCACGCCGCCAGAUCCAAGGGUACUGCUACAAGUGGAUACACUGGCAACUCUGCCUCUACCAAGAGAUGCAGAAAAAAGAAGACCUUUGCUGAAUUAAAGGAAGAGGAGAACUCCCUGCUAAAGGAAAGGAUAUAUUUAAAAAAGGAGAUAGCUAAUAUAAAUGCAAAUUUUGAGGCACAGAGAGCUAAAAAUGAGAGUUUGAAGAGGAUGAAGCUUGAUUGCGGAUCAAAGUCUCAUAAUAAUCCAAGCUCAACGUCUGUUGAGCAGCAGUGUGCUCUUGCUGGUCAACCCCACCAGAGAAUAGGACCACCUUUGGAUGCCCUCACACGUGCCACUCAAGGUGAUACUCAUUCAGAAGCAUCAGAAUCUAGGCCAAAUGGGAUCGAGUCAACCGGGGAAAGUUUUUUCUUGAUACCAGAUCUAAAUAUGAUACCGUCUGAUGAUGGUUCUUACACUGACGCUCUGUGUGGAAUGAGUUAAGACCCACUUGUUUUCACCGUCCAGAACGCAGGACUCUUGGUUGUGGAACAAUGUACAGGCUGAGAGAGCAUUUUGAAGGCUCUGUCCAAUAUAAACCAUUGGACAAUGUCAUACAUGAAAAACGUUUCUUGAUGCAACUACCAAUUCUUAUGAAGGGUAAGAGCUGGUAGUCACAAAUGGGAAAAGUUUCUUAGCCAUUAGGCUGUCGAGUAGUAGUAAUGUACUGAUGUCGCUGGUUCCUCCGAUUCUAAAAUUGCUAAAGGGGGUAAAGCCUCGGUAUUUUCGAUUUCGGAAUUCUUUAAUCAUGUAAGAUGUACAAUUCUUUUGUAGGUUAAAGCUCUUGGAUUCCUUUAGAUGGUACUUAAAUUAAUCUACAGUUUUAUUCAUGCAUUCCAUAGGUUGCGCCUUCACUUCAUUUAUCCAUAAGUUAAUGCGCUACCCCUUCGAUAUAUAGGAUGUUUUUUGGUUUGAGAAUGUCUUAUCUGAAAUUCAUGCCUCUACGGGAAGCAGGGGGAACAUAAAGAAGGUGUCAGUACACCGUAUAUGGUUCUUUGUAGGAUUUCUCGCCAGUGCCAUGGUGGAUGUGGUUUGCCAGAUUCACCGUUCUUGGUGGUGUAUACAAGUAUACAACAUUCUCGCACCAAGAUCCUUAUACUAGAUGGACACACAUUCGCUGGAGAGCUGAACCAUUUACUUUGUUGGUAGUAUUAUUCUAUAUGAUAAAUGACUCACCCUCCGUGUCAAAACAAUUAUAAAAUUCCAUUACAGUGAGAUAGGGCAUAUAACCGGAUGAACAUGGUAUUAGUGGUCACCCUCAGUACGAGGGACUGCCGACUCUGUUUAGGAAGGGGAUUUGGUCUUCUACAUAUUCAUCUUUCAUUUUCUACAGAAUCAUCUGUAAACUUUAAAGAGAAUCCUGGGUUAAGAGUCGAAACUAGUUCUCCAUGUCG